CAAAUGUCAAGAUCAGUGGAAUUUUAUCAAUUGAUAUAAAAGAUUAAAAAUAUAUUUGAUAGAAAAAUACAUUUUGCCGUAUUUAUCGAAAAUUUACAUUUUACAUUAUCGAAAAUUUAAAAACUUUGUGCAUAUAUAAAAAAAAAAAGAAAAAAAAUAUAUAAAUAUAUGUAAUUUCUAAUAAAGAUAUUGUAAAUAAUCGUAUUAGCUAAUUGUAGUCCAGUGGGAAUUUCUUUGUCAAAAAUAACUCCACAUUUUGAAUUUAAUAGAAUACCCGUUAUACUUAUCGGAUAUUGUACCAACCAAUUAUAUAUCACUCCAAUCUUUACAAAAUUAACUAAAGGAAUACUUAUCAUAAAUACAUACUAAAGAAAUUUUUCGAUAAUAAAAGUGAACAAUCUUUUGAGAAUGAAAUUCUUGUUACUGUGAAAAGAAAAAUAAUCCUAGCUUGGAACUAGAACAAUCUGACGUUAAAAGGGGAUUCCUAAAAUAUUUAUAAAACGAUGACCAUGACAAUGCAAAAAGAAUUUAAAGAUUUACUCAAUGACUUUUUAAACAUUUCAAAGCCUUAUAUAGAUAAUAACGCUUUGGAAGAAAUUAAAAGUGAAUACUAUUAUCAGAUAAACUCUAAACGAAAAAUAAGUGGUAUAAAAGAGUUCGAAGAAUUAAUUAAAUUAUUAGAGAAGUAUACCAUUAUUUCUUACGACAAUAUAAAACAGUUGUAUUUUAUCAAUAAGAUAUACGUUAAAAAAUCCAAUUUAUUAAUAAGAUUAGAGAAAUACGAAAGUAAUUAUAAUCAAGCAAUUUUAUCAAAGUAUUUUCCUCCAAAUUAUAAUAUGUAUCAAAGUGAUAAUGAUGAAGAAACAUUUGAUCAAAUAAGAUGGCGAAAUCCAUUAGAAGAGCUCAGGUAUGAAUCACUAUUAAGUGAAGUACCAGAGCAGUUUUCCAAAACUUCAUAUAACCGGGAAUCAGAGUUGAAGCAAAUGGUGUUACUGAAAGUGAAUGAACAAAUAGGACGUUCAUGGAAACAUGUUUGCAGACGUUUAGGUCUUAAGGAAAAUGAAAUUAAUGAAAUAGAAAAGAAAAAUUCGUCUAAUUUAAAAAAACAGAGUUAUCAGGCAUUGGAUAUUUGUAUUUCGCAGAAUAAUUCAGACUGGAAAAUAAAUUUAUUACAUGCGCUAGAAAAAGAGAGACGUAAAGAUAUUAAAGAAGUCGUUGAAAAAAUCUUAUUGGAUAAAAAAAUCUAAAAUACUGUAAAAUAGUGUUUGUGUAAAUGUAAUAUAUAAUAUAUAAAGUUAUUUUUUGUGAAAAGGAGUGGGAUUAAAGUGACUAAGAAAUGCAUAUAGCAAUAUAUAUAUUUUUUUUAAAUAUACUUUAUAUAAGAAAGACUUAAAUAUAAUUGUAUGUCAAACAAUUGUGUAAACAUCACACAUCUUUAAUACAUUUUAGAAGAAUAAA